AUGCCUCCCGUAUCUAAAACAUGUCAGAGCUGCGCGGAUUCCAAGGUGCGAUGUGUCCGGGAUACCGAUAUGGCCGCGUGUAACCGUAAGAUCGCGGCUCUCGAGUCAAAGAUCAAUGAACUCAAGGCCGGGCGUGCUGACCUAGAAGAAAAUGGCUACAACACGAGCACGCGCAGCAUAUCAGUAACUGAUGGCGAUGCUGCGCCAGAAGACAUCAUCAGCCGAGACUUGCUUGACAUCGAGACUGCCAAAAGGUACCUCAGCAUGUUCAGGACCAAGCUUACCCCACACUUCCCCUUUGUGGUUGUGCCUUAUGAUGUAUCUAUCGAGCAGCUUCGCCUGGAGAAGCCAUUUCUAUGCUUAGCAAUCCUUGCAUCGGCUUCGUACGAGAACAUGCCACUGCAACGGGCUCUGGGGGAUGAAGUCAAGAAAGUCGUCGCUUCACGCAUGGUCAUCGGCGGGGAAAUCUCUUUUGAGUUGCUGCAAGGAUUGUUGGUGUUCCUCGCAUGGAUUGCGAUCCUUGUGCAAAAGAAAUCUACUGUGCUGCGUCUCCCGUACCAAGAAGAGUGUUGCAAGACUCUUCGCGAAGCCAACGAGUAUCCUCACGACAAAUACAUCAGUUAUGUGAUACAGCUCCAAUUUAUUGCAGAGAAAGUCGACCAAUUAUCUGCAAGGCAUGGAGUCGACUUGGAAAAGCCUGGAUCGGGGUCUGAGCUCUAUAUUACCAACCUCAAGUCGGAUCUGGCGGCAUUCUACCGUCAUCUACCCUUCGACAUCAAUGAAAACUUUCUUCUUGCAAUACAAUACCACGCGACAGGGCUUUGCCUAUACCAACUGGCUCUCAACAUUACCAACCAAGAGCCUCAAUUGCCCUUCGAAUCUAGCUCCUGGAGGGAAGAAAUGUCGUUCUCUGCACUCAUAUCAGCCAGCUCAAUUCUCAAUCUGUAUAUUCAACUUCCACCCAACGAGGAAGUCGGAUUUAACAAUACGCAAUGGGUGCAGAUAGCAUUUGCUUUGCUAGUUGCCUAUCGACAUACCGUGGCAGCCUCCAAGUUAGACCAAACUGCUGCGCUCCUAGAUACACUGUCAAAACUGAAAACGAGGGUUGGGGCGUUGUCUACUUCCGAUGUGGAUAUGAACGGCGCCCGAGAUGUUUUCUACAACUUUAGGAACCGUAUAGUCCAAAUUGAGAACUGGCUCGGGAGACAUGGUAGACAGGGAGAUAACGCUCACGGCGAGGUGAGCCUUGAAGACUUUCAACCCACAGCAUACUUGGAGCCGACACACUUUGACGGGCUCAUAGGGGCUGCUGAGGCUGCAGCGAACUUUGAUAUCCCUCAUGGGACUUCAUUUUCAUCCUCUGCGGACGACUUGCAAAUCCCACAAGACUUUCUCUCGACAUGUUCGUUUGAGCAGAUUAUGCGUGACUGGGCAUGA